AUGCUUGGUUGUCUUGCGCGACGUGCAAGACAUUUUAUUCGAGAGAACGUUUCGCGGCGCUGGAUUUCCGUUCAAAGCGAUGACAAGCUAUACCUACCCGGAGCGACCCUCCACCUUCAAUUCCAAGCAGAUGGCUCCAAUACUUUUGAACCUCUUUCCGUCACGGUGGUUAAGCGCUUCGAGCCUUUCACGUCUGCCAUCGUGCUGCUUGUUCGGCUGGGAUAUCGCAUUGGUAAAGGCGGGCCAGUGCCGUGGUCGCCUUCCCUCGGAGAUCAUCUGCAACACGCCAUACGUGAUAUCCAAGAGGGUGUAGCGCCUAAUCGGUUGGAGCUCAUAUGUGAUGAUGAGAACCGACCUGACAUCGAGCUUUGGGAGGACUGGAUGUGGGAAGUUUCCAGUUGGCAUUACAAAUUGUCGAACCACAACACUGAACUUGCUGCAUACCGACUUUUACACCGACUGCAAGGCCGGUACAUUCCCCAUCUUUUCGGCGCUGUUAGUCUUCACAUUAACCCCGAUUCUACUCCCCUUCAUCCCAUCACCGAUGUCGUCCAAGAACUCAUUUUCGAGUAUAUCCCUGGCACCAGUAUGGCGAAGCUCAAGCCUGGUAUUGACAUCUCGGAGCAAGAAGCAGAGAGGAUCUCCAGCCAAGUCAUGGAAGCAUUCCGUGCUAUCGAGGCCGAGAACUGCGUCCAGCACGGUGACAUUCACAUGGGCAAUGUUGUUCUACGGGAAGGGAGCCGAUCCCCAGUCAUCAUUGACUUUGGACGGGCAGGCAUAAGAGAUCCUGAACUCAGCGAUGAAGAGUGGUCGACUGCCGUCCGGGGAGGUCCAGACACACGUUACAUGAGAAGGCUUCUGUUGAAUCCUGAAGAUGGGCCUUGGAAGCGAACUGCGACACCGUACGAGAUGUCGGACCCGCAUUAUAGGAAUCCUUUGGUCUUUAACAGAUAUGUCGAAAGCAUGCCUGAGGACUUCCGUAGGGUGACAUUUGAGAGGGUUUUGGAUACGGACUGGGAAGGGGCGCGAGAGAAGGUAUAUCAGUGGAGAAUACGACCGGGAGUUCGUUGUAGACCCGGCUAUGACUACGACUAA